UUAUAUUAUCUUAAGAGAAAUUGAAAAGAUGAAUAUUGAGAUGGAUGAGAUAAAGAUGAAAAAAACAACAGAAAUUGAUGAGCAAAAAUGGGUGUAUGAUUCUUCUGUUGAUUACAAAGGCAGAGUUCCUCUUAGAGCUUCAACUGGUGGCUGGAAGGCCUCUUUCUUGAUUAUUGCAAUUGAAUUCAGUGAGAGGUUGAGUUACUUUGGAAUAGCCACAAGUUUGAUCAUAUACCUAACAAAGGUCAUUCAUCAAGACCUUAAAACUGCAGCAAAAAGUGUUAAUUAUUGGACAGGAGUUACUACUUUGAUGCCACUGCUAGGAGGGUUUGUUUCUGAUGCAUAUUUAGGCAGAUUUUACACAGUUCUUGCUUCAACUGUUGUCUACCUACUGGGCUUGGUUCUUUUGACAAUGUCUAGUGUGGUACCAAGCUUGAAGCCUUGUGGUAAUGACCUUUGUCAAGAACCUAGAAAGGUUCAUGUGGUAGUCUUUUUCUUUGCUAUCUACUUAAUCUCAAUUGGAACUGGUGGACACAAGCCUUCUUUAGAGAGUUUUGGAGCUGAUCAAUUUGAUGAUGAUCAUCCUCAAGAAAAAAGGAAGAAAAUGUCUUUUUUCAAUUGGUGGAGUUUUGGACUUUGUGCUGGUGUACUACUUGGUGUCACUCUGAUUGUUUAUGUACAAGAUCAUGUUAGUUGGGCUGUGGCAGAUGUGAUUCUUACACUAGUUAUGGCUGCUAGUUUAGUCAUUUUUUGUGUUGGUAGACGAUUCUAUCGUUAUCGAAAAGUUACUGAAAGUCCUUUAACAACAAUGAUACAAGUUCUUGUUGCUGCAAUCAAGAAAAGAAAUCUUGCAUAUCCUUCUAGUCCUGCUUAUCUACAUGAAACUCAAGAGUCAGAAACUAAUCGAAGGAGGCUAUGUCAUACCAAAGGGCUUAAGUCUCUUGAUAAAGCUGCAAUCUUUGAUGAGGCAAUAGACGCGAAACAGAAUCCGUGGAACCUUGCAACUGUGACAAAGGUGGAAGAAUUGAAGUUACUUAUCAACAUGAUCCCCAUUUGGCUAACCACUUUACCAUUUGGCAUUUGCAUAGCACAAUCUUCAACAUUUUUCAUCAAACAAGGCGCGACACUUAACAGGAAGAUCACUCAUGAUUUUCAGAUCCCACCGGCUUCAAUGUAUGCCCUUGGAGCUAUAGGCAUGAUAGCAACUGUCAUUAUCUACGACAAAAUCCUUGUACCUCUCCUAAGACGAGCAACAGGAAACGAGAGAGGCAUUAGCAUUCUUCAAAGGAUCGGUAUUGGAAUGAUACUCUCAGUUGCAUCUAUGAUUGUUGCAGCAUUAGUUGAAAGAAAAAGACUUAACAUUGUUCAAGAAAAUCUACUUAAGGGUUCAAUGUCAAUGAGUGUGUUCUGGCUAGCCCCUCAAUUUCUUAUCGUUGGUAUUGGAGAUGGAUUCGCGCUAGUAGGAUUACAAGAAUACUUCUAUGAUCAAGUACCUGAUACAAUGAGAAGUUUAGGCAUUGCAUUUUACCUAAGUGUCCUCGGUGCUGCAAAUUUCUUAAGCAGUUUAUUGAUCACAAUUGUGGAUCAUGUAACAGAAAAAGGCGGUAAGAGUUGGUUCGGAAAGGAUCUAAAUAGCAGCAGAUUGGAUUAUUUCUACUACUUGUUAGCUACAAUAACAGCAGUGAACUUGUUCAUCUAUGUUGUUGUUGCAAGGAGCUAUUCUUACAAGAAUGUGCAUAGUAGAAGAACAGCAGAUGUGGCUAACUGCUACGAUGGCGAUGAUCGCGAAGCGAUGGCUUAGAAGAUUGAUCAAUGAUCUCUAGUAAAUUAUUGAAUUAGUAUAGUCAUCAAGCUAAGAAAAGCAAAUUUACUCUGUAAUCAUAUUUGAUAUAUUUUUGUUCCUAAUAUAUAUAGUUCUACUCA